UACAGUACUCCCCCACAUUUACUUUCCACCCAAUCCAAUCUUCUUCACAUAUGGGUAGUUUAGAGGAGGAGAUGUUGGUUCAGAUGGUCCAUGAUUUCAUUGAGUCAGAAUCUGCAACGCCCCUUUGCUCUUCCACCUCUGAGAGCCUAAAUCCCGAGCAACUGCAGUCCAAGUAUUUUACUUUACUGGAGGUUUUGAGGAGCAGGACAGAUGCUGAGAGUGGGGUUCUUGAGAAGGUGGUGAGGCAUAUGAGAAACAAGAGGGAUGCGGACAGGAGUAACAGUUUGAAGAAAUGGUUUGUCAGGAGGCUGAAAAUGGAUGGGUUUAAUGCUUCUCUUUGCCAAACGUCUUGGCCUACUACCUUGGGUUGUUCUGCUGGUGACUAUGAAUACAUUGAUGUUGUAAUGAAAGGCGAUAAGAGUAGUGGUGGUGGUGGUUCAGUGAGAAUAAUAGUGGACAUAGACUUCAAGUCCCAGUUUGGAGUUGCGAGGCCAACAUCAGCCUACACACAGCUCUCUGAGGCGCUCCCAUCAAUCUAUGUUGGGAAUGAAGACAAACUUGAUAGGAUAAUCAGCAUCCUAAGCUCAGCAGCAAAGCAAUCACUGAGAGAGAGAGGGCUUCACAUACCCCCAUGGAGAACAGACGCAUACAUGAGGGCCAAGUGGCUCUCAGACUGCCACAAAGUACCAGCUCCUCAUCAUGCCAUCGCUUUUAGCAGAGAAAAUGGAGAAGCCAAGAGUAGUGCACAUGGCUCCUCUAAGCCCUCAAAGUGGGCACCUCCCAUGGUGAAACCCAAAACAAGGGAUUUGGGUGGUGAGUCUGCCUUGUCUAGUCAAUUCUCUAACUUGGGCAUCAACUGCUGCUAACCUUCCAAUUUUGCCACCACUCAGUCUCAGACUCCAUUUUUUUGGUCUUUCCUUCUUGAUGUUUUUGCACUGGAAUUUUCUUUUGCUCAACUACUUGGCCAUCAGAUCUUUUUCUUUCUCUACUGAGACAUGAACAAUGCAAUUAACCAUUUUCAA